AUGCGUCUAUCCACUCUCCUCUUCGCCGUGCUCCCGGCCCUCGCUGCAGCCGACGAUGCCAACUCUGCCGCGCCCAGCGUGACUACCAUUACCGAGACCAGAACCGGCACGAUACACUUCACCAAGACGGUCACGCUCGCGCGCGUCCACAUGGUCGUGUCCACGCUCAACAGCACCAGCAGUGCCGUCAUCCAGCCCACCGGCGGCAUCACCCAUCCGUCCUCCAUUGCCGCAACCACCACUACCACUACCGCCGCCGCCGCCGCCGGCAGCCCGACUGCGGUGGCCACCAAGGGCUCGACCAACGCCGGCGCUGCGCUGGAAGCUGGCAAGGUUGUCUUUGCAGGCGUGGCUGGUAUGGUUAUCGUGGCCCUUUUGUAA